AUGCCAGUGGGAGGGUUUUCUCGGCCGGUGGUGAUCAGGGAGAGUUCCGCCCGCCACUGCUUCCUGUCCCUGCCGCGCUCCUUGGCUGUUCUGGUCACGCCUGUGCAGACGCCAACCUUCAGCCUUGUGGAUACUGAGAAGAACAGACUGCUGCUGUCCUGGGCUGGGGAGAUGCACAGUCACGGCCACUCCAUCAGUGAUGCAGGGCUAUGUGAGGAGGUGUAUGUGAGCAGGGAGGUGCUGAGGGAGAAUGGCAUGAGUGACGGGGCCUCAGCGGUGCUGGUGCAGGUUGCCGUGCCUCCGCAGUGCUCCAGUGUGAGUGUGAAGGUCGGCUCCCUGGACCAGUGGGAGGUUCUGGCGCUUAAUGCUCAACUGGCACAGGAGGCGUUUCUGAGCCAGGUGCGUGUGAUGGGCCUGGGCCAACGUGUUCCCCUGUGGCUGGAGGGUGGUGCUUGUGUCACCCUCCAGGUCAUUGGUCUGGAGCCCCCGGUGUCUCAGCUCACCCUCCACCCCAUGAGCCAGGUGGAGGUGCUGCCACCCUCCGAGGGUGACUACUCCCCCACCCACACAGCCAUUAACUUUGUCCCCUCGGCAGAAAACACACCUGAAGAACUCUACCAAGAAGAGAUUAAUGAGGACAAUAAAGUGGAGGAGGAUUCACAGGACAUACUAACACUGAUCCUGGAGUUCAUGAUGGGGAAGCUAAGGGACAGGAGGGCCACUCAGAAUGACUUCCCCGUCAGGAAGGACAUCCGCCUGGGUACUCGAGUGGUAGGCUUGCCAGACAAGUUGUUAGACUCUUUAGGAAGCCUUGCUCACCAUCCAUCCCUGGUGAUAGUAGGUCAACACAGUUUCUUCGGGACUGCCUAUAGUGGCACAGUGAGUUUUCUUGCCAGCAUCCGUGUCAUCAAGUCUCCGAAGGACCUUGCUGAAGGUCUGAAAGAAGACAAGAAGCCUAAUAGUGAAAAGAAGCAGGAGAAGACCUCAAGAGACUACUCAGACAAUGUUGUGUGUGCAGUUCUUGUGUGGGAGAAUUACCUUGAUGAAAAAAGCUUACAAGGUCCACACUACAAGGAAAUAUGUGAUACUCUGAAGGAUGGUAAUUGCAUCGUGCCAGAUGUGUUGAGGCGAUUCAUGAAACUAAGCGACUUCAGUGUUAUUGAGAUACAAACAUCAGACAUCACCACCAAGACUGCUCCGGUUUGUGUUGACGUGCUGGCCAUCACCAACGACAACAAUGUAUCACUCUCACCACCACUUCUGCACAAUAUCAAGACAGUGCUGAGAGACCUGACUGACCAGUGUCCCGUUGUCAUCAAUGCAAACACUCUGCUGGAAGUUGAGACAGAUGAUGGCAGACUGGAUGUGCUGGCGAGAACAAGAGACAACACACCUCUUCAGCUCUCCAGGAAGUCUGCCAUGGUGCUGGAUGUCACCCCACUGAAGCAGCACCCUGACAUCCCACACAUCCUGCCCACAACACACAACCUGAGGACCUGUUUCCACACCAAGCAUCCUUAUGUUGGCAACCAGGAGGUCUUGGGCAAACUGAGGGAGCACAUUGUCUUUUCCCUGGGCAACUGGUCAAGUGUUGGGCCUCAGUUUGCUCUUGUUCAGGGCAGCAAAGGCUCAGGGAAGACAAGUCUCCUAGAAUCCCUCAUGGAGAGUCUUUCCCAGCACCCUCACCAUGUGCACAGCAGCAUGGCCAGCCUCAAGGUGCUCCGGGGAAAGAAAGCAGAGACUAUAGAGAAGAAGCUGCAGUUGGUGUUCAGAGAGGCCAUCUUCCGGAGACCAGCUGUUGUGUUCCUCGAUGACCUGGACAGCCUGGUGCCAUCUGCCCCCGAGGAACAGCAGGACUCUGGGCCCCUCCACAGCCACUCAAUGCAGGUGGUGACAGUGAUGAAGCUCCUCCUAAACCAGCUGAUGGAGUUCCUGGGCGAGGUGUCACACAAUGGAGGUGCAGUAAGUGGUGGCGUCCUGGUGGUGGCAUCGUGCUUGAACAGGUCAGGCAUCCAUCCAUUAGUGGUGAGUCCUCAAGGGUGCCACUACUUCCCCUGCACUCUCACCAUCCCUCCUCUCGGCCCUGAUGGCAGAGUGGCAGCCUUCAGGGCCAUGCUUGCCUCACACUUCACCAGUCACUGUGGACAUGAGGCACCACACAUGGACACACAGGCCACUGAUGCACCAACACAAGGCCACGCUGACACCUCACGGUACUUGGCAUUUGAAAACAGGUUACUUGCCAAACGAACAGAGAGUUUCACCCUUCCCGACCUAAGCCACCUGGCGUUGCGGACGUACCUGAUUGUGUGCGACAGGUGGCGGCGCGGGACAAGGGAGGAGGGUGAGCCAUGCUUCCAAGUGACCCCAACAAGUGAUGAGAGGAAGUGGCCAAGCCAGACUGCAGCCAAGAGGGAGGAAGAUGCAGUGGUGGAUGGUGACUUGGAGGCUGCACUGGAAGGAUACACACCACUGGCACUGAGAGGCCUGAGUCUGUCCGAGAAGAGCAGCCGGGCAGGGAGGCUUGGGGUGGGUGGGCUGGCAGAGGCUCGCACCGUGCUGGAGGAGACCCUGACCUGGCCUGCUGCCCACCCGACCCUCUUCAGCAAAGUCAAGUUGCGGCUGAGGUCUGGGGUGCUGCUGUAUGGGCCGCCAGGCUCCGGAAAGACACUGCUGGCCCACUCCAUCGCUGCUGAGUGCCAUCUCAACUUCAUCACUGUCAAGGGACCAGAGCUGCUGUCUAAGUACAUUGGGGCAAGUGAGGAGGCUGUCAGGGAUGCCUUUGAGAGGGCUGCCAGUGCCAAGCCUUGUAUCCUGUUCUUUGACGAGUUUGAGUCCAUUGCACCGAGACGAGGCCACGACAGCACCGGGGUGACGGACCGAGUGGUAAACCAGUUGCUCACUCAGAUGGACGGGGUGGAGGGCCUGUCGGGGGUGUACGUGCUUGCUGCCACCUCCAGACCUGACCUUAUUGACCCCGCGCUGCUCAGACCAGGCCGGCUGGACAAGUGUGUGUUCUGCCCCAUCCCAACACACAGCGACAGGGUGGAGAUCCUGCAUGUGCUGAGUCGAGACAUGGAGCUCGGGGAGGAGAUUGCCUGGUGUGAGAUAGCAGACCUCACAGAAAGCUUCACUGGGGCUGACUUGCAAGGCCUCCUCUCCUCUGCCCAGGUGCUGGUGGGGCAGGAGGCACUUGGGGACAGUCUGUACGAGGGCAUCAUCCCCACUGACCCAAGGCAGGACACACAGGAGUCGGGUGCUGAAGGAGACUCAGAUGUUGGAGAGGAGAAUGAGUUAAUGGAGGCAGAGAGGGACUAUUGUAUGCUGGCUGAAGGGGAACUUUCCGGUGCUGACUCCUACAAUAGCAUCAAGGAGGUGGUGUUUGAAGGGAAGGGAGAGAAAGUGGUGUAUAAGGAGCGGGGGUCCUCUGCCUCACCUCAGACCGCCAGAGAAGAGGAGACAGUUUCCAGUGAGGCCAAAGAGAACUCACCAACCACCACAACAGUCAGGAAGCCACCGUCAUCAUCCCCAGACCCUCGGAACCCAGACUUCAGGGUUUACCAGAGGCACAUCCUGGCUGCUCUGAGGGAGGUGAAGCCCUCAGUCACCUCAGCAGAGAGGCAGAAAUAUGAGAAGCUGUACAGGAGCUUCAAUAAAUCUAGAGAGGGAAAUUUUGGCCAGCCAUCACCAGGGAAGAGAGCAACACUGGCAUGAUGUGAGUGUUUGCAGCUUGAGAACUCCUUGGUAGAUGCUGGUGUGUUGGUGUGCUGGUGAGCUGGUGUGGGGGUCACUUGCCUCAGACUUGUGCAUUGUGUACAUAGACUCAGAUUUUCAACCCUUCAGUGCUAUGAUACAAUUUCAUAUCCAUUCUGCUUACUAUUUAAUGAUUUUACACAGCUUCAGAAACUCAUGUGGGGGGGAUUAAAAUACUGAAGACAGGCCAUUAAUCUUCUAACCUCCAUAGACCCUUCCUAAUGUCAAUAAAAUGGUCUAAUUGUACACAAAAAUCAAGGUAAAAAUGUAUCUCAGUACUGAAGGGGUUAAUGUGCUCAAAUCGAGAAGUCAGAAGAAGAAAUUAUUGUAUAGAGUGUUUAAUUAUAUGUAUAUUAUAUAUGUUAAGGUUAGUUUUCAAGGGUCACAAAGUUUUUAUAUGUGAGACAUUAUUAACAAGGUGCUAUUAUCUGUUUAUGUAUGUGUUGGGUGUUCAGAUUAAGAAUGACUAUCUUGUUAUUGAAUCAUUUACAAAACUCUAACAAAACUUUAUCAUUUGCUCAAAACUGUUGUUCCUGCAUUAUUUUUAAGAGGUUGGUUGUUUUUACUUUCGUCCUGCAGUGAGGGGGAGACCUGAUGUCUUGUCCUGGCUCCACUGUGGAAGGGUUGUAUAAAAUAUACAUGUCUUGUUGUUUUCACAUUCAUUGUUUUUAUUUUCUGCACUGGCUUUCUGCUUCCUAUCAAGCUUUAGCACAUAAAUUAUUUUCACUCCUAAAUUAAAUUGUUGGUAAUGAUAGUGAAUUGAUUAGUGGUAGUGGGAUGUGACUGUUUCAAUAAAUAAACCAUGAAAUGUU